CUAACCUUGGGGGACGCAAAUUGUAUAUAGUUAGGCGUUACAGUGAGGAGAUACCAUCUAUUCAAAUUAUGGCAUAUUCAAGUCGUGAUGAUAAUUCAGUAGUACCAAAUUACGCAUUAGAUACAAGUCUAGCAACAAACAAAUUACGUAUUACUAUACAAAUUCAUGGCUUAAAAUCAUCAACUAUAUUAGAAUUUCAUAAAAAACUUAUUCCCAAACUUUACAAAAAAGCAUCAAAUGGUGAAAUAGUAUUUCAUCUAAGUAAUGAUGGUUUUCUGUUUGAAUUUCAUGGGCUUGAUACUUUAAAAGACUGUAAUUAUCGACUUCAUGUUAACAAAUUACCGGGCACACUAGAUAAUAAACGGUCACAAUUGAUUGUACGUGAAGAUGCUGUGGAAAUUAUUCUCAUAAAAAUUGACGAUAGUUCAUGGUCAUCUGUUCUAAGUGAGGGUUUACAUAUUAUUGAGAAUGAGAAGAAGUAAUCUUUUCUAUGUGAUAAUAAGUUCUUUUUUUCGAAGACAUUCCAGCUUAUAAUAAAUACUGCUUUUCAAUUUGCCUACUUUUCCUACCAGGUUUUAGGUAAAUGUAAAUAAUUUAUUUGAUUUCCGGUUUGUAUCUUCAGUUUAUGACUUCAUUUACUAGUUUAUAUGUAUUCAAAUUUUAUUUUAAUUUCCUGACAAAUAAUUUACGUCUUGUUUAUUACCAGUGAAAUGCUGUUUUCUUAAUUAAUGUACACUAAGAACAUUUUGUUGCAUUUUGACAAUAGACUCAUGUAAAAAAAAACUUUUUUUCGUUAUUUCGGUUUGCUUGAUCUACUGUAAGUGAAGUUAAAUUUACUGUGACUGGCAUUUUCUUUUUCAAUAAAGAUUAAUCUUAAUAUAAAUUUAC